UGUAACAAGCUACGUCACUUCCAGGAUGCAGGGGAGAGCAAAAUGACAGCUGGUUUGUUUUCAUCAACAAGGGAAAUUAAGAGUAGAUGUUAAAGUGUCAUGAGCUGAGCGUCCCCCAGUUCCUCCCUUUCCUGGCCUGUCCAGAGCAAAUCCUGACUGAACAAAGAGUGAGCAGCAUUUCUUCUGGAGACGACUGUCAACCCUGCCAGCCACUCUGGAGUAAGACAAUACUGGCAACAGCCAUCAGUACAGAAACAGAAGAAGACAGCAAACAGUGAUAGUGGUCAAAUCAAGAGAAACGUCUCUUCAGCUGAGGGGGGAGCGGUUCAGCGGAACGGAGACAUGGAGCCAUCAGAGGCCAUUGAGGGUCGUACCUUUGUGGAGGUGAUGAGUGAAAAGUACAGCCCUGAGAACUUCCCGUACCGCCGCGGGCCUGGCAUGGGCGUGGUGGUGGUGCCCACCGUAGGUCCCCAAGGUUCCCCCAUGAAAGACCGUCUGAACCUGCCUAGUAUCCUGGUGUUGAACAGCUGUGGAAUCAGCAGGGCAGGAGACCAGGCUGAAAUUGCUGCCUUCUGUGCCCACGUUGUGGAGCUGGACCUGUCCCAUAACAAACUGCAGGACUGGCAUGAGAUUAGUAAAAUUGUCUCCAGCAUUCCCAACCUGGAGUUCCUCAACCUGAGCUCUAACCCACUGGCAGGAAUGACCCUUGAGCCGCGGUGUGCUGAAGCCUUCUCCCGAGUCCGACGCCUCGUCCUCAACAACACCCAAGUAUCCUGGGACACCGUGCUGCUGCUCACCCAGGAGAUACCCGAUCUGGAGGAGUUGUUCCUGUGCCUUAACGAGUACAGUGGCGUGAGUGCCUCCAGAGUUGCCUGCCCCAGUCUGCGCCUGCUUCACAUCACCGACAACAGCCUCCAGGACUGGGCCGAAGUCCGCAAGUUUGGUUCCAUGUUCCCCAGCCUGGACACUCUGGUUAUGGCCAACAACAACUUGGCCUCCAUUCAGGACAGCAAGGAAAUCCUGCAACGGCUCUUCCCCAACCUACGCAGCAUCAACCUGCACAACUCAGGUCUUAACCGAUGGGAAGACAUUGAAAAGCUGAACUUCUUCCCAAAGUUGGAGGAAGUGCGACUGCAGGGCAUACCCUUAUUGCAGACCUACACUAACGUGGAGCGACGCAGCCUCAUGAUAGCACAGCUUCCCUCAAUAUCACAGUUAAAUGGCAGCGUUGUGACUGAUAGCGAGAGAGAAGACGCAGAGAGGUUUUUCAUCCGUUACCAUUUAGACUACCCUGAGGAGGAGCUGCCUUACAGAUACCAUUGCCUGGUAACCAAAUAUGGAAAACUGGAACCACUCGCAGAGAUUGACCUUCGGCCGCGCUUCCGUGCCCAGGUGGAGGUUCACUGUGAGGAAAAAGUGGAACAGCUGAGCAUCCGUUUGGACCAGACAGUAGCAGAGCUGAAGAAGCAGUUGACGACAGUGGUCCAGCUGUCCACAAACAGCAUGAGGAUCUAUUACAUCGACAAGUGCAGCGCCUUUGGUCCGGAGGAAAUGAAGUACAACACCCGGGCUCUCCACUCCUACAGCAUCCAAGAUGGUGAUGAGAUACUGGUGGUACCCAAGACCAAGUGAGCAGCCAGCUUCCAACUGGCUGAUUAGGAUAACUCGAUUGAUUGUUUCAUUGGAUUAUUUAUUGAUUGGUUAACUGACACUGAAAAAUAAUUGGAAACUGCACACGGAACAGCAUCAGCAGCCUACUUGUUGGAAUGGAGAGAGAGUAAAAGAAGAAAAUGAUGUUAACACCAUCACGGAGACUGGACAGUGGAGUACAAUGGGCUGCUGGGAGGUGCUGACUGGAAAUGCAGCUAGUCUGGAGAGAAUUAUGUCUUUAUUUAUUUAAGCUUUAUUUGAGGGCAUCCACUGAAGUUGGUGGAUAAAUCUAUUACACUGGAGAACAGGCCAAGAGAGAAACUUGCAGUCAGCUAGCAGCUUAAGCAGAAGGGAGGGCGCUGUUGUACCAGCAAAGCUUUGCUGCAGCUCUAUCUCUUAGUAUACGGCAUGUACCAUAGCACCUGCAAGGCAAGUAUCCAACACCACUGGCUUGCCCAAAAGCUACCCUGAUUAGUCGUGAGGCAGUGCUACCCAGUGGAGAGGGGCUGCUGUUCUCAUCUGCACUUUUACUGUAGGCACAAUAUCAGGAGGAACAGCAGUUGUUAAAGGAAAAAUCCUGCCUAAACAUUAUUAAAUGCAGGUGUUGGUGAUCAAAUUUUUUGGCUCCAUUUUGUUGUUUGGUGGUGUUUUUUUAUUUAUUCCUGGGGAUAAUUUGCCAAACACAAAAUGUUUAGUCACAUUCAGUGAAAAAUACCAACAGAGUCCAAAGCUUCUUUGCAGAGCUGUCACGAUAUUCAAGAAUCAGUUUGAAAUUCAUCAUUGAAUAAGCAGUUUUAAUCCUUAAAGAUCCCCUCCAGACAUUUUUUAAGACGUAUAAAAAUAGCUUUGAAGUAUAAUUUCUAUCUGAUGAGGUUUUUCCACAAAAAAGUUUGAUAACCUUGUUUAAAAGUCUUCAUUGCAUGUAUUUCUUUUCCCUUACUAAAAAAAAUCAGAAACCAUGAACAUGCAAAAAUAAUUUAACUACUAGACACAAGAUGUCUGC